GAGAACGCAGCAUGGUGCUUUCCUACUUUCCCUGAAGUUCUUGACAGAUCCGACUUCAGAUUGAGAGCGUUCAAGAUGGCUGCCACAGGUUCUGACUGAUGUGCGUCUCUGGAGCCCUCGCUGCAUGCAGCUCACCUUAAGUUGAAGGCUUGCAUACUGUCCCCUCUUCAGCUUCUGCCAUCCUUCAUCAUGUCCUCCACCUCCUCCUACUCCUCUUCAGGGGAGACCAGUCCAGAGGAUAUACCCCGAGGUGGAGGCACCAUUCGAGUCUACCUCCCUAACAAACAGAGGACAGUGGUGAACGUCCGACAUGAACAGACUGUGUACGAGGUUCUUGAUAAAGCCCUCAAGGUUCGAGGGCUGAAUCAGGACUGCUGUGCUGUGUUUCGUUUGUUAGAGGGCCGUAAGAGACUGACAGACUGGAAAACUGACAUCACUCCUUUGGUGGGAGAGGAGUUGUUAGUGGAAGUCCUGGAUGAUAUUCCACUCACCAUGCACAACUAUGUACGAAAGACGUUUUUCAAGCUGGCUUACUGUGACUUCUGCCACAAGUUUCUUUUCAAUGGCUUCAGAUGUCAGACGUGUGGCUACAAAUUCCACCAACACUGUAGCAGCAAGGUCCCCACCGUCUGUGUGGACACGGACAUGAAAAGCAAACGGUGUGAUUCCAGCUCCAGCACAGAUUACCCCCAGAUAAUCCUGUCAGAGAAUUCUCCAUCACAGAGCAACCCGGCCUUGACCCCAGAGCCUGCUCGAAUGGGCCUGCUAUCCCCACCCUCCACCUUUAGCUUCCCCACCUCCAGUGGAGACGGGCAGUCCCUGCAGAGGCAUCGCUCCACCUCCACUCCCAACGUCCACAUGGUCAGCACAGUGGACCUGGCUAACGUCAGCAUCAUGGAGGAAGCGAUGAAGUUCAACACCAUAGGUCCUGAGCCUUCACCCAAACCCUCCACCAGUCCUCCUUCUUCCCUUGGCUCUCCUGGAAGGAAACAACCAAAGUCCCCCUCGGAUCACAAGGAACGCAAACCCUCCUCCUCUGAUGACAAGAAGAAAGUGCACAGAGGAGGCUACAGAGACUCGAGUUACUACUGGGAGGUCCCCUAUCGAGAGGUCAACGUUCAGAAGAGAAUAGGGACUGGAUCCUUUGGGACAGUCUACAAGGGCAAGUGGCACGGGGAUGUGGCCAUCAAGAUCCUCAAGGUCAAAGAGCCGACGCCAGAGCAGCUCCAGGCCUUCAAAAACGAGAUGCAGGUCCUACGGAAAACUCGCCAUGUGAACAUCCUACUGUUCAUGGGCUUCAUGACGAAGCCGAACUUUGCCAUCAUCACUCAGUGGUGUGAAGGCAGCAGCUUGUACCACCAUCUGCACGUCACGGAAACCAAGUUUGACACGAUGCGGCGCAUCGAUGUAGCCCGGCAGACGGCUCAGGGCAUGGAUUAUCUUCAUGCAAAGAACAUCAUCCAUCGAGACCUGAAGUCUAACAACAUCUUUCUCCAUGAAGGCUGGACUGUUAAAAUUGGUGACUUUGGUUUGGCCACGGUGAAGUCUCGUUGGAGUGGCUCUCAUCAGGUCGAGCAGCCCAGUGGGUCCAUUCUCUGGAUGGCUCCAGAGGUGAUCCGGAUGCAGGACAACCCGUACACAUUCCAGUCAGACGUGUACGGUUAUGGAGUGGUGCUGUUUGAGCUGAUGUCAGGAUUCCUGCCUUACUCCAACAUCAACAACAGGGACCAGAUCAUCUUCAUGGUUGGACGUGGUUACCUGUCUCCAGACCUCAGUAAACUAUACAGCACAUCGCCCAAGUCCAUGAAACGGCUCAUCAUCCACUGCCUGAAGUUCAAACGGGACGAGAGGCCUCUAUUUCCUCAGAUCCUGGUAGCCAUUGAGCAGGUGCAAGACCUGAUGCCAAAAAUCGAGCGGAGUCGUUCAGAGCCGUCGCUUCAUCGUGCUGUCCAUGCUGAGGACCUGGACCCUCAGUUGUUCCAAACCACCCGGCUGAUGCCCCUUUAAACCUCCUGCAGAGACCUUUAGGACUCCUGCUCCAGCGAUGUCUUCUCAGCUGGCUGGCCUGAUGGACCACAAGCCCCCCCACUCCCCCUCCGAGCUGCAGCACCUAGUAACAGACUGUAGGUGGAGAGAAGAGCCUCCAGCAGCAGGUGGAGGUGCUGCUGAUGCUCUGACUCACUCACAGUCAGACCAUCAAACACUGACAUUGUUCUCAACAGACCCAGGAGGAAGGAGCACGAGGUCACACGCCCACUUCUCUGAAGCUGUUUCUGUAACUAUCCAACACUGUCUGGACAGAGCGUUCACCAUUACUUUAGUAGGUCGUAGAAGAAAGACCUGAGAAGGUCCGGAUGAGUCCAAGUUGGACCGGAACCGAGCACAAAAUACUAGUUAAUCUAACUUUUAGUUUCUGAGACAUUUUUGUGGGAAAUGAGUGGAGUGGAACCAACUUCCGCUGAUCGGAACAAGUGGAGCAGAAUACGGACCUAACUGGAUCAUCAGAACCACCUCUACAUCACUUCUGUCUUUUGUUCUGACUGGUGUAAUCUAGAAACAAGGUUUCAUCUGAAGUCGGACCAAACUUGGAUGGAAGGGAGCAGAAACGUCUCUAACUGGGUCUGGGUCAGUAAGACAUUACUGGUCUGUUGGUGGGCCGGUCCAAAAGUCUAAACAUUCCUACUUCUGUGGCUCUGAGAACCAGAGAACACCAGGUCCAAACCGUCAAGUCCACUGACCAGCUGGUAAUGGUUAACACUACCUGACCUGAGCGGGUUCUGGAGGGUUCAGAACCGGGUUCGUCUUUUAAACACAAUAAACACGAGUCUGAGUUCUCUCAGGUGUCUGGAGACGUUUGUUGGACCUUUCCUUCCAUUUGUAGUGAACCAGACCUCCAGGCAGUGGUUCUGGACUAACGGUUGAUGGUUCUGGUCCGUCUGAACCUCAGUUAGGCCCGGUUUCUUCUCGCUUUGGUUCUCUCUAACCAGAACAUCACGGUACUGUUUUAGUUUUAGGAGCCUUUGGACCGAUGUCUGGAGCUCAAACUAAAGAUGAAACCGUGAAUCAGAGUUCUGGUCUGGGUUCGUCUUUAGUCUGAAGCUGCUGAGCAAACGGACCUCCUCUUAAUGCCCACCAGUCAGAACUUUGUUUAUUUUAAAGGCAGUCUUUCCUGCAGGAAGUUGUUUAUGAUGGCUCAAUUCUUUGGGAUCCACUCUGACGGACUCGGGAUUUUCCUACCUGGCUCCUGCCUCACCUCCUAACCUGGAGCGAACUAGAGCCGUGGUUCCUGGACACUUCUGGGUGAGCUGGACCUCCUGAACGACCCGGUUCUGCGUGUGCUGGUUUGGCAGGACACCUGGACCUGGUGGUAUGUGUUGAUUGAGUGAUCCCGGUGGUUUCUGGGUGUCUGUUUCUGCUGUGUACAGUUACAUUUUUUAAUGAUAAAAUUCUACUGGUUUCUAUUUUUUGUGAUGGUAAAAGAACAAAAUAAUUUUAAAGUGUAAAGGAAAUUUUAGUAUUUAGUUUUUUGUGAUCAGAGACGUGAACAGAGGAUUUUCCUGGAAAUAAAGACGUGAAGCUGUU